AUGACUGAUAUAUCAGAUUCUAACAUAGACCUUUCAAAAACAAACGAUAAUUCUCUUACAUCAGGAUCAGAACUGUCAGAAAUACAAAAUCCUGACUCCCAAAAAUUUAUACAAAUUGGAACAUUAAAUGUACAAGGCUUAAACAAUAUAAUGACUCAACAACAAAUAAUAGAUUUUGCAAAUAAUUACCAAUUUGAUAUACUAGGCCUAACAAAAAUCCGACAUUCUCUACACAACCAAUUUCACAUAUUAAAAAAUAAUCUUAAUCAAAACCCCAAUAACAAAGAAUUCACAUACUACUGGACAAAAGGUUCAGAAACACACAACCAUGGAGUGGGAAUUAUGAUUGAAAAACAACUUAACAAACAUGUAUAUUCAAUUCAAACAUUCGAAAACCAUGCGAUAACAUUAGACAUGACUGAUGGAAUGGAUCAAGAUAAUAACAAAAAG